UCUCUUCAUCUUCAACAAAGAGAGUCCUCUUCUGACUGACGGCCGCCGUCAUUUGCUUUGCCGUUUCCGAAUAGAGGGACAGAGAGAAGAAACCUAGAGCGAGAGCCAUGGCCUGCGAGUGCAGGCCCUACUCGCCAGGUCGACUCCUGCCACCGCCACCGGCGACCCCCACCGCUCUUCUGCUGUCCCUACGCCCCAAGUUUCCCGCCACCACUCUCGCCUCCGCCUCCGCCGGCAGUGAGCGGCGGCGUUCUCUCGCUCCGCAGUGUAACAGGAUACGAACGUUUGGUUUUACUCUGUCCCCGGUGUUCUCCGCAAGCUCUAUCCCUUUUGCAUCUAACAACGGCCACAAUGACGACUACAACAACAACAACAACCACGGCGGCGGCGGCGGCGGUUGGAGCAAUUCUUUCGAUCACGACGAGUGGUGGCGGAAGGAUGGUUCCGGUGUUCUUCUUUUUCUCUGCUCUCGCGCGUUCUCGAAUGGCGAUGGAACAAUAGCCUCCUCGCGCAAGCACUUGGUCCUUUUCUUGGUGUCUGCUUUUUGUACUUUUAGCCAAUUCCAUUUGUCUCCAGCCCAAGCAAGAACUGGCGCUGCUGCUAACCAUGGAAACGAAAAAGUGGAAGUUGUUUGGGAAGUGACGGGAGGGAGGUGGACCAAGCUCAUUUCUGACCAUUUUAAGGACGCCUUUGUGGUUUCGAAACGAAAAUCUUGGUCAUCAUUGUCAGCUGGUAGUAGUAAUUCUGACCGUCCAUUGCCCUAUGCCGUUGUCUCUGAUUUGUGGAUGCAAUGCAGUGAAUUAUUCAUGCGUUUGAUGCUCCCUGAAGGUUUUCCUCAUAGUGUUACCAGUGACUACGUGGAGUACUCUCUCUGGAGAGGAGUCCAGGGUGUCGCGGCUCAAAUCAGUGGCGUCCUUGCCACUCAGUCUUUGCUUUAUGCUGUUGGGUUGGGAAAAGGGGCCAUUCCUACUGCUGCUGCUGUGAAUUGGGUUCUUAAGGAUGGCCUUGGUUAUCUCAGCAAGAUUAUGUUGUCAAAGUUUGGAAGGCAUUUUGAUGUCAAUCCAAAGGGCUGGAGAUUAUUUGCGGAUUUGCUCGAAAAUGCUGCAUAUGGACUGGAGAUUUUGACUCCUGUGUUCCCGCAUCUCUUUGUUCCAAUAGGUGCUACUGCUGGAGCUGGACGAUCAGCAGCUGCACUAAUUCAGGCUGCUACAAGGAGCUGUUUCUUUGCUGGAUUUGCAGCUCAGAGGAAUUUUGCAGAGGUAAUUGCAAAAGGGGAAGCUCAGGGAAUGGUUAGCAAAUCUAUUGGUAUCAUGCUUGGAAUAGCAUUGGCUAAUUGCAUACACUCUUCUACAGCUCUUGCUCUUGCUUCUUUUGGUGUGGUAACUUGGAUACACAUGUUCUGCAACCUGAAGUCAUAUCAAUCAAUUCAACUAAGGACUUUGAAUCCUUAUCGUGCAAGUUUAGUCUUCAGCGAAUAUUUGCAUAGUGGUCUAGUUCCUUCAAUUAAAGAGGUUAACGAUGAGGAACCACUUUUUCCAGCUUUACCACUUAAUGUGAACCUCGCACAUAAAGAACAAUCUGCAGUACUAUCCGUAGAAGCCAAGGAUGCAGCUGCUGAUAUUGAGAGUCGAUUGCAGCUAGGAUCUAAACUCUCUGAGAUUGUCACAACCAAGGGUGAUGUGCUUGCAUUGUUUGACCUCUAUAAAGAUGAGGGCUACAUCUUGGCUGAGCAUGAAGAAAGAUUCUGUGUAAUACUCAAAGAAAGUUCCUUGCCGCAAGAUAUGCUCAAGUCAUUGUUCCAUGUCAGUUAUCUGUAUUGGUUGGAGAAAAAUGUGGGAAUCAAAUCAAGGAGUAUACUGGAUGACUGCAGACCUGGAGGUAAGCUGCAAAUGGCUCUGGAAUAUGUUGAAAGGGAAUUCAAUCAUGUCAAAAGUGAUGGCGAACUAGCAGGUUGGGCAAUGGAGGGCCUCAUUGCAAGGCCUUUUCCUAACAGAAUCUGUCCUGGUUUGCUUUCCACUCCCGCUGAAAUCUGAUGUCUGCAUUGCCAUUCCUGAGCAAACAGAUGCGGGAAGAAGAAUGCCUUCGCCCUUCCCUGUCGACCCCCCAGUCAAUACUGUGAAUAAUUGUGCUGUGGAAGUUCAUCUAGGAACUUGGAAGGGCUAGAAAAUGACGAGGCACUGUCAAUAUUUGCUGCAGACGUGGACAGAGAAAAUUGAGUAAGUGCAGGAGUGGCGGCGGCUGGCAUUUUGUUUCAGAAGUCAUCAGCUGCUGCUGAUGGCUUUGGAAAUUCUGAGGGUAACAGGAAUCAGUUAAUGCAAAAACUUCACUUCUUUGCUAGUUACAAAUUUACAUCAUUGUUUACCAUAGGGCAUUCUACAAGCACGAGCCAGAUUCCCUCACUCACUGCUUUGAUGCCAUGUAUUGUAUGUACAUUAUACCAGCUAAACAUUUCAUUUUCUGUUAAAAGCAGGGUAUAGCUUUCUAUAUGGGAGAUUGAGACUUAUAUAGCAUUUAUUCACUAAGAAUGACUUUCUGUUUGUAGUUUUAAUUUCACUGUCAUGUGGUGAUGAUCUUCGUCGCCUGAUUAGAUUGCUAAUUAUCCUAAUUGAUUUACCUUUACCUGGCGAGCA